AAACACGCGGCGGAAGAGGCAAAAGCGUUCCCUUUCGUCCCCUCCGACUCAACACGUGAGAAGCUUCGCCUCUCGUCGCCUCGGUUCGCUUCUCCGAAACCCUAAUUCCAUCCCAAACCCCCCUCUUUUGCUUCCUACAUCUCUAAAUUUUCCAACGAAUCCACUCUCUCCCCCAUCGCACGAUCCUCCCAUUCGAAAUCCUAGGGUUUUGAUUCUUUGGGAUUCGCAUGCAUCCAAACCCUAGAUCUCUGAUUUAGGGUUAUUACGGAAUCAGCUGGAGAUAUAGGAAUGGGGGUGAUCGCCAGGCGUCCUGGGAGAUUUCGUGCGGUUUUCAAUGGUUUAUGUGCUCUGGUACUGCUCUUUUUCUUCUACAACAAAGAGGACGUUCUCAGGAACCCUUUCCUCCACCGAAAGUCCAAUUUUUCCUCUUCUUGGGUUUCAAAAUCCAAUCUUUUUCCUCAUCGCCGGAUCUUGGAGGUUCCUCUCACCAACUCAACCAAUGGGGCCGCCCAAAUUGAUGGGAUGAAUGAGAAUUCUGAAUCCUUUGGGAAUCCCACGGAAUCGUGCAUUGGACUAGCCCAGCACGAGGGAUUUGCCACCCAGUGUGACUUCUUGAUGGCCCAUCGGCAGUGCCAUUCCGGUGGAUUCAUUGAUUACCUCACCUUUUUCUACUGCAACUGCGAGAAAUUUCGUGCUUUGGGCUUCGCCAUGCUUGGCCUAUGGCUAGCAGCUCUGUUCUAUAUGCUGGGAAAUACGGCUGCCGAUUACUUCUGUUGUAAUCUUGAGAAGCUCUCCAGCUUACUGAAGCUUCCUGCGACCGUUGCUGGGGUUACCCUCCUCCCACUUGGAAACGGCGCUCCUGAUGUCUUUGCUAGCAUAGCAUCUUGUGGGACCGGCAAUGGAGAUGUUGGUCUCAAUAGUGUAUUGGGUGGAGCAGUCUUUGUUACUUGCAUAGUUGUUGGGGCCGUCUCAUUAUGCGUUGCGGAGAAGAAUGUUCAGAUUGAUAGGAAAUGUUUCAUGCGAGAUAUUGCCUUCUUCAUGUUGACGUUGGUGUCUUUGUCCGUGAUCUUGAUUGUUGGGAGUGUGCCUGUUUGGGGAGCAUUCAUGUUUGUUUCCAUUUACGCAGUUUAUGCAUUCACUGUGGCGGCCAAUGAGAUAUUAAGGAAGCAUGCUCGGAUGUUGAAGUUGGAUAUAGUGACUCCAUUGCUUCCACUAAGAGGGAGCAUCUUUUCUCACAGUAUUGAAGAGAAUGAAUCUAUUUACAGCUCUCUUCUGGAAGAAAAUAUUGACGAUGAGAUGCCACGAUGGCAUAAUUCAUUACCUCAGUGGAUGUGGGCUUCACAUGUGGCUAUUUAUUCGAAUCAGGGCAGUAGGGCUAAUUCCUUUGAGAAUGCUAGGCCUUUAUGGGGUUGGAGUGAUGAAGGACAGGUGGAAACUUCAUUUCUCUCUUGUUCCAAGUUAAUUUUCUGGAUGGAGAUGCCUUUGUCUGUUCCAAGAAGGUUAACAAUUCCAAUUGUUGAGGAAGAAAGGUGGUCAAAAGGAUAUGUGGUUGCUAGUGCUUUUUUAGCACCUCUUCUGUUGGCAUUUCUAUUGAACAAUCAUGAGAGUGAGAGCUCCAAAGGCAGUAUAGCUGCUUAUGUCGUAGGUGGUAUCAUUGGUGUUGCACUUGCAUCUCUUGCUUUCCUAUACACGAACACUGAUCGCCCACCAAGAAGGUUUUUGUUUCCAUGGGUGGUAGGAGGUUUUAUAAUGAGUAUAGUGUGGUUCUAUAUUGUUGCUAAUGAGUUAGUUGCGCUUUUGGUGGCCUUUGGUGUAAUCUUGGGCAUUAAUCCAUCUAUUCUUGGACUGACGGUAUUGGCAUGGGGUAAUUCAAUGGGUGAUUUGAUGUCAAAUGUUGCUUUGGCUAUGAAUGGUGGAGAUGGAGUGCAGAUUGCCAUGUCGGGAUGCUAUGCUGGGCCUAUGUUCAACACACUUGCUGGUUUAGGGAUGUCAAUGUUACUCAAGGCAUCGUCGACAGUGCCUGCUUCUUAUGAGCUCCCACAUGAUAGGACCUUGGUUUAUACAAUAGGUUUCCUCAUGUCAGGACUCAUCUGGGCUCUUGUUAUCUUACCACGGAGCGACAUGCGCCCAAACAAGAUGCUGGGUUUUGGCCUAAUAUCUCUGUAUCUAACAUUUCUCUCUGUUAGGCUGAGCCAUGCAAUGGAAUCUUUUAGUUGGCUGGUUUAUAUUGAUGCUUUCUAGUUCUAUCAGGGAAAGGAGUAUGAAUUCCUCUAACAUACAGGAUGCACUUGUCAACAUGAACAGGAAACUCAUGAUUUGAUGGAGCUUUGUGUAUGAUGAUCAUGUUGUAUUGAAACCAUUGAUCAAACAAUUGCUGUAACUAGCUAGCUGCAUAUACAUAAGAAAAUUGAGAGAGAUUGCAUAGAUUUAUUUGAAUCACAUCUGAUUUCAGUUAUUCUCCCUUC